UUAUUAUUACAUGUCAUGCAUCUGAAUAUAUGCCACCGAACUGCAAUUAAUCUCUCUCUCUCUCUCUCUCUCUCUCUCUCUCUCUCUCACCGACCCCAUCGGCCCAUCUUUUAAUUUCUCCUCACUUUCAAAACCUCUUUGUCUGUCCACUAGCAAGUUCAAUUCCUCUGAGACGACGGCCUCUUCAUCAUCGGCCACCAUGACUGCUGCUGCUUCAGACGUUGCUCGAACAGUUGUCGGUAUCUUAGGAAACAUCAUCUCCGGCUUCCUCUUCUUGUCUCCAGUGCCAACAUUUGUGGGAAUAUGGAAGAAAGGGUCGGUGCAGGAAUUCUCGCCGGCACCUUACCUAGCGACGCUGGUGAAUUGCAUGGUUUGGACGCUGUACGGCCUUCCCAUUGUCCACCCUCACAGUAUCCUUAUCGUCACCAUCAAUGGCUCCGGCGUUGCGAUCGAGAUCGUCUACAUCGUCCUCUUCCUCAUCUAUUCUCCCCCGAGAAAGAGAGGCAAGGUCCUUGCCUGGUUCGUCCUCGAGCUCGUCUUCAUCUCUGCUCUCACCAUUCUCACUUUAACUCUCACUCAUUCUCACAAGAAGCGCUCCACCAUCGUCGGAACCCUCUGCAUUCUCUUCAACAUCUUGAUGUACGCUUCCCCUCUGGCCGUCAUGAAGCUGGUGAUCACCACGAAGAGCGUUGAGUUCAUGCCCUUCUUCAUCUCUCUUGCCGCCUUUGGAAACGGCGUCGCUUGGACCACCUACGCUCUCAUUCGUUUUGAUCCUUUUGUCACUGUACCGAAUGGGCUUGGGACGUUGUUUGCGGUGGCUCAACUUGUUCUAUACGCUACUUAUUACAAGAACACAAAGCGGCUGAUGGCUGCGAGGAAGGCCGAAGGAGAGAUGAAUCUGUCGGAGGUGGUGGUCGGGAAUAGUACACAAGGCCCCGACAAGAUUGAAGCUGCUGCUUCCGACGGACUUGGUUCGGAGGUCCGAGCCAAAUAAUAUAAUUAACAGAGUGACACCUGCUAUGCAUAAAAUCUAAUAAUCCUGAUGGAUCUAGGCAGUCCAAUCAUGCACCAUUAUUUUAAAUUUCUAUAUAUAAUUAGUCCUGCUUAAUCCUCCAUUUAGCUUUGAUCUGAAUAUAUAUGAGGUUUUGUGUAAAUGCUGAGGAAGAAAAAUAUAAAUAAAGGAAAGCGUGAGUGUUCAU